AUGCCUUCGUCUGAUCUGGAAGACAUGUUACAAGCGCCAGACGCUACAGUCCGUGCCAUUCUCCGAGCUCUCUGCCAAGAUAGUGGCACCCAAUCCCGUGCCCUCAGUUACUUUGAGAGCCUGGAAGCUGUCAAUGAUUCUUCCGACAAAGGCAAACGCAAGGCGGAAGAUGAACUUAACAUCUGUGUCCAAUGCGACGAGGCCUUUUACACAAACGACAACAAUGAUAAAGAUGCUUGUUGCUACCAUUGGAGAGAGCUAGAGGUUGACUAUGAUGCCGAUGUUUGGGCAGACCAUGACGAGAACUGUCACGGGACCAUAGACACAGAUUCAAUGCGCGAAGAAAACCCCGAAGGAUUUGUUUGGACUUGCAGUGAUAAACCAGGCGACGAGGCCGGCUGUACCUUUGGGCGGCAUGAAGCUGAUCCAACCAAAUCAAGGAGAGAAUGCGGUGAAGAGCCAAUUGAUAGUGACGAUUAUGAGGAUGGGGAUGACAUUUAG